AUGUUGUUAAGUGAUUUUAGCGUUGAGAUAUUAGUGGAUGGAAAGUCUUUGACAGAAUAUUCGGCAGAAAAUAGCUCAGUUCCCACUAACGGAAAUUCAUUUUAUUACAAAAAACCUGAGUAUCGCGUGUUAGAGAAAAGCACACAAAAUUAUUAUGUGGCUAUACCAUCACCUGGUACUCAAUUCACGGUUCGAGUCUCUGCAGCAUGUGCUACCCAAGGAGAGCCGAUAAUGGCGUUUUUAUAUGUAGACCGAAUCAACGAUUUCACUCACAUUGCGUUGACCGAUAAAGAAUCAAAGAUAAAACAAUAUUUCUGGAACGACGAACGUGAUGUAAAAUAUGCCCUUCAAUUCGGAAAAUAUCGAUAUCCACUGGAACCACCUCCAGACCCUAAUCUACACACCUAUACACCGACUCAUAUACCUGGGAAAAAAAUGCGCGCAACUUCUAGAGUUUUACCACACAAUAAUGUACAAGGAGCAUUGGGCACAAUCUCUGUAUAUUUUUAUCGUGCAAGACGAGUAUCCAAGAUGGUCGAUAUUCCGCCAUAUAGAAUAAAGUCAUCUAAUAUUACAGACAUUCAUAGAGAAAAAGAAGGCAUCACGGAUCAGAUAGGAUUUAAGCCUUUUGAUCUUGAGACUCAUGAAAUGGUGCCUAUUUUAUGUCAAUUGGAAGCUAUUGAUGAUCAUGCUAUUGCCGCUUUGCACAUCCAUUAUCGGUCGAGGGAAUGGUUGAUGGAGCAUAAUAUCAUACAAAUACAGCCUAUAUCGGAAAUUCCGAGUAUUGUCUCUAUGGCGCCUCCUUCGUUCCGAAUAAGCUUAAAGAGGCCAGCACCUAAGCCGGACGAAGCAUUACAAGAUAAUAAUACUAGAUUUAAAAUUCCACGACUAAUUGGUUGUAACCCCGAAGAAAUAAAUAACAUUAUUGUUAACAAUAACAGUAGCACUUCCUUAUUUGGUGGUAGUUAUGAGCAAACGAAUAAAAUCGCUUCAAUAAUUUCUCAAUUCAAUGAUCCGAGAAAUGAUAAUAUAGGAAUUGGACCAAGUCGUGCAAACAGUCAACCAGGAUCAGGUCGUCUUAUAAUUCGUUCUCAAAAUAUAACGUCAUCAUCACAAAUUAUACAUUCUAAUAUUCAUGAUGUAAGUAAAAAACAGCAAACAUCGACACAACAGAUAGAACAAAUUAAAUCUACAUCACUGGUUGAGAGUAUAGAAUUUCCUAUAAAUUAUAGUUUCAUUGUGGAGUCGGGCCCGGAUGACGACUAUGAAUAUGAAUACGAUGAUGACGAUUUUAUGUAG